AGCUUCCACCCUGGUCUCCUCUUUAGCCAAAUCCCUUCAACACAGCUGUGGAUUACUACUGUCAACGGUUCCUUAAACCCCCUUCAUUCCGUUCUAUUCACCUUCCGACUUCAGUCUCCCUCGUCCAGUCUCUGCACGAGCUCCUGGCUCUCCUUCAGUCUGCACGGUCUCUCCUUCAGUCUGUUCUGUCUCUCCUUCAGUCUCUUCUGUCUCUCCUUCAGUCUGUUCCUUCUGUCCUUCUGUCCUUCCAUCCAUCCUUCUAUCCAUCUGUCUCCCAUCAGUGGUCUGGUCCAGUCGGUCGGUGGGGUGGUCAGCAUGGUCAAUGGUGCGAGGCUCGCUCCCUCGUGUCCGCCAUGUCUACUGUGUCUGUGAGGAAGAAGUCCCUGGUCAGCCGGUCACACAGUAGAAUGUGUGUUCAGAAGCAGAUAGACCUCACAUCCAUGGCCUCUCUGGAGAUGUGUUGGCCGGCCCCCAUGCGGGCCAUCGGGGCCCAGAACCUCCUCACCAUGCCAGGGGGCGUGUCCACCUGUGGCUACCUGCACAAGAAAGGAGGCAGCCAGUUCAGCCUCAUGAAGUGGCCUCUACGGUACAUCAUCCUCCACAAGGGCUGCGUCUACUACUUCAAGAGCAGCACCUCUGCUGCUCCCCAGGGGGCCUUCUCCCUCAACGGCUACAACAGGGUGAUGCGGGCGGCGGAGGAGACCACCUCCAAUAACGUGUUUCCCUUCAAGAUUGUCCACUUCAGCAAAAAACACAGAAUCUGGUUGUUCUCUGCAGCCAGUGAGGAGGAGAGGAGGAAGUGGAUGAAGUCUUUGCGCAAGGAGAUUGACCAUUACAACGACCGGAGAGAGUCCCUGAUCACUUUCGAGACCGACUCUGAUGACGAGAGCUUCUAUGGGAGCAUAGAACGACCCAUGGAUAUUAAACACUCUGAGGACCACACAGAGGAUGACUAUAUGGAGGAAGAUGAAGAUGACGAUGAGGAAGACUAUGUCAAACCUGACAGUUCCCCAACAUCGACAGUGGUUGACUCCAGGUCCUUCGCAGGUCGUCCCAACGUCCCUCCCCCGGCCUACCCUCCCCCCCCAGUGCCCGCCCCACCCCGCUCUCUGACCUCUGACCCCUCCUACAGGUUUAGCAAGGGCCCCACCCUCCCACCCCCCGUGCCCCCGCCCAACAAACUGUCCCCGAGCUUCCCACCCAGAAAGACUCCCCCACCCUUCCUCCCCCCUCUAUCCUCAAGGACCCGGGAGGAAAGGAGCCCCCAGCAGCUCUCUGGCCCCGCCCCUCCGCCGCCCCCUAACACCAAGAGGCUCCUCCUGGGGCGGGGCUUGGUGCUCCCGGAACAACGCCCCUCCGAGGUCUGGAAGACUCCGCCUGCCAUCGGCAAACUUCUGGAGCACUGCAUGCUCAACGACCCGCCGCCCUCAAAAGUCCCCGGGGGCUGCCCGGUCACCGACCAUGCCCACUUGGACACCGACUACCACCACUCGGACAACGACCAUGCUCACUCGGGCACCGACCAUGCCCACCGGGCCCCGACCAUGCCCAGUGUAGCUGAGAAUGCAACGCAAAGAGAGUCCCCAGAUGGUCAGAGUUUCCGGACCUCAGUGGACGAGAUGCCGGAGACCAGCAGGAGAAAGUCAGGCCUGAUCCAGAGAGGGGAAGACUCGGAUGACGACUAUGAGAAUGUUCAGCUACCAGACUCAGUCUUCAUCGACACGACAGAAACCAGCAGCGUAGAGAAGUUGUUUAAAGAGACAUCCUCAGCGCCCCACGAUGGACUAUAUGGAAUCAGAAACUCAGGCACUAAAACGAACAAGGUGCUCGUGGUAUGGGAUGUGAGUGUGGGGAAAGCCAGGAAUUACCGUCUGUUUGAAGAGGACAAGAGAGUGUUUCUGGACAUUGACGUAACCUUCCUGUCCCUGGAGGCGCUGGUCGAACACUACCAUACCCACCCUCUGCCUCACCAUGGCUCCCUUUGUCUGCAGACACCUUACGGGGACGCCCACCCCAGGUGACCCCUGACCCUCUGUCUGCAGACACCUUAGGGGGACUCACACCCCAGGUGACCCCUGACCCUCUGUCUGCAGACACCUUACGGGGACACACACCUGGUGACCUCCAACCCCUGACCCUCUGUCGGCCAUCUUAG